AUGUCCAAAAUACCAAUUCCCUUUUCCGAGCCUCCAUGGCUUAUGGGGUUGCCCUCCGCAUAUUACAACGAAUCUCACAGGAAAUGGCAGAAGACAUGUCGGAGUCUUGUAGAUGAGCUAAUGGCUGAUGCUCAAGAUUGGGAGAGAGAAGGAGAUGUUCCUGAGGACCUCUACUCCAAAUUCGCUGCCGCAAACAUGCUUCUCCCUAACCUAUCCGCACCCCUCCCCAUAAAAUGGCUCAAAAAACUAAACAUCACACAUCUUCCCGGCGAUCUGCCAGUAGAGCAAUUCGAUUACCUACAUACCCUGAUCUAUGCGGAUGAGAUGGCACGUUCCGGCUCCCUAGGUCCAAGCGGAGCAAUCACAACGGGAAUAGCCUUUGGACUACCACCAAUAUUGAAGUUUGGAAGUCAGGAAUUGCAAGAGAGAUUCGUGCCAGAUAUCAUCACGGGGAGGAAGAGGAGUUGUAUUGCGAUCACGGAGCCGGGAUAUGGGAGUGAUGUUAGUAAUAUAACUACCACUGCGAAGAGAAGCGAGGAUGGGAAGUUUUUCAUUGUUAAUGGGACGAAGAAAUGGAUCACCAACGGUCUCUGGUCAGACUACGCAUCCAUGGCCGUCCGAACCGGCGGUCCAGGUCCCUCAGGCCUCUCUAUGCUCGUCGUCCCCCUUCUAAACACCCCCGGUGUACGCAUGCGACGUAUCAAAGUAGGCGGCCAAACGUCCGCCGGAACGACCUUCAUCGAGCUCGACGACGUCAAAGUCCCCAUCUCAAACCUUAUCGGCAAAGAAGGCAUGGGCAUGAUCUAUGUAAUGCAGAACUUCAACCACGAACGUCUGAGCAUCAGUAUCGGUGUCAACCGUUUAAGUCGUGUAGCGCUCAGCAGCGCCUUCGAAUACGUGAUGAAGCGCGAGGCGUUCGGGAAGACGUUGAUGGAACAGCCUGUGGUGCGACAUCGUCUUGCGAAGUGUGGUGCGGAGUUGGAAGCGCAUUGGGCUUGGAUUGAGCAGUUUACUUAUAUGAUGACGAAGCUGAGUGAGGAGGAGGCAAAUAGGGAGUUAGGUGGCCUGACUGCUUUGGCGAAGGCGCAGGCUGGGAAGGUGUUGGAGGUUUGUGCUAGUACGGCGGUUUUGCUGUUUGGUGGGAAUGGGUAUACGAAGAGUGGACAGGGGGAGAUUGCUGAGAGAAUCUACCGCGAAGUUCCUGGUGCUCGUAUUCCAGGAGGGAGCGAAGACGUAAUGCUGGAUCUUGCUAUUCGACAACUGGUGAAGAAUUUCCAGCGGAAAACUAAGGAAUUAGAAACUAUCCAGGAGCGGCCGAAAGGGUCUUCAAAGUUAUAA